AUGCUCAUUUCUAAAAUUCAAAAAAAAUUCGCCAAGUCGAUUUCCACACUUCCAUCUCCAGCUAUUUUUCGACAUCCCAACAAUUUCCGCAUACUCGCACGAACUUGUUCCACGAUUUCACUGGCCGACGGUCUUUUUUCUCACGCACACAAUGUAUAUGACAAAAUGCUCCACAGAAACCAUCAGCCUGGACCUUCUACCCUCACUUCUUGUGAUCCUUCCAAGCUUCUCAAGUCCGCCACAACGGAGCCAAAUUACACAAUUGCCCCAAUGCUCCAUGCUCAGGCCGUCAAACAAGGCGCACUCACGGAUUUACCCACCGCCACUCGUCUGCUCAUGGUUUACUCGAGACGUAAGGAAUUUGUGUCCUGUUUAGAUCUAUUCAGUGAAAUUCUCGACAAAGAUAUCGUCUUCUGGAAUGCCAUGAUGAGCGCGUGCGUCGAGAACAGACGUUUCCAAUCCGCAGUCGAUUUUUUCGAGAAAAUGGCCCGUGGGGCCCACGGGUUCGACCACACGACCCUUCUCGUACUUCUAUCCGUAUUUUCGAACCUGAAAAGCCUCAAGCACGGUAAAAUCGUUCACGGGCUUGGUUUGAAAUCCGGGAUGCUUUCCGAAACUGUUUUGAGCAAUAACCUGGUUGAUAUGUAUGCCAAGAGUGGAGAUUUGAGUUCGGCCCAAUUUGCUUUUUCCGAGAUAGAAUCCAAAGACCAAAUCUCGUGGAACUCGAUCAUCAGUGGGUGUUUUCAAAACGGCAAGCCUGAGAAGUCCCUUUCAUAUUUCGUGCAGAUGUUUUCUUCCGGAAGCCGAGCGGAUGACACGAGCCUCUCUUGUGCAAUGGCGGCUUAUACUUUUCUGCAGGCAUACGACUUUGGUCGAGGGAUUCAUGGGCUGGGAAUCAAAUCGGGCUAUUCGGAUAGUGUCUCGGUUGCUAACUCUCUUAUCUCGUUCUACUCUCAGUCACGAGAUAUAUGCGCGGUGGAAAUUAUUUUCUUUAAACAAAUGACGGCCAAGAAUGUCGUUUCUUGGAAUGCCGUGAUCAAGGGUUUUCUCGUGUGCGGGGAAAAUGCGAAAGCGUUUGCUCUUUUGCGCGAGAUGCAGUUUGUGGCAUUUAUUCAACCCGACAUGACGACAUUAGUUACUGUAAUUCCGUACUUGGCCGAGCUAAUGCUUUUACGUGAAGGAAAAGCUGCUCAUGGCUGCGUAUUUAGGAGGGAAAUGAUGUCGGAAGUACCAGUCGUCAACGCUCUCAUUAAUUUGUAUUCGAAAUGUGGAAACGUGAAAAAGGCCGAAUUUUUAUUCUCGAUCAUGCCUAAGAAGGACUCGGUGGCAUGGAAUACUAUGAUAUUCGGACACGCCCAAAACGGGAAAUCUCGGGAAGCACGGGAACUAUUCAAGAAAAUGAUGGGUUGUUGUUACACGGCACGCACGUUGGCGACUCUACUGGCUAUUAUUCCAUCUUGCGACUCUCGAGAAUCACUCGAGUUCGGGAGGUCGAUUCAUGGUUGGAGUAUGAAAAUGGGAUUUUCAAACCAAAUAUACGCCUCGAACUCGAUCAUGCACAUGUACAUCAAUUGCGGGGUCCCAUCAGCCGCGUUUGCAUUAUUCGAGAGUCUAUCGAGAAAGGCCGAUAUCACGAGCUGGAACACCGUUAUAGUCGGCUGCAGUCAGAAAGGCCAUUUUCAUGAAGCUUUAGUAUUUUUCGACCGAAUGAGAAAAAUGUACUCCCAACUCCACCCGAAUUCCAUAACCCUAGUAAACGCCAUAUCGUCUUGCGGGAAUCUCGGUUUACCGCUUCACGGAAAAUUACUUCACGGCCUUGCGGUAAAAUCCGGAGCAAGUACUAAUCUUCAAGUGCAAAACUCACUAGUGACGAUGUACGGCAGAGUAGGAGACACCGAUAGCGCGAAAUUGGCUUUCGACCUCAAUAAUGACCAUAAUCUAUGUUCUUGGAAUUGCCUUAUAUCGGCCGUCUCGCAAAACGAGGACGCGAAAAUCGCGCUCGAACUCUUCCGCUCUCUCGAUUUUGAGCCGGACGAGAUCACCAUCUCUACAGUCCUCUCUGCUUGCGCUCAACUCGGAGAUGUAACUCAUGGCACACAAAUACACGGACACGUUGUUCGAUUAAAUUUCCACAAAAACCCCUAUAUAUCUUCUGCUCUGAUAGACAUGUAUAGUAAUUGCGGGAAGCUGGAAUUAGCCGAACGGGUUUUCUCGAGCAUGCCCGAAAAAUCGGUCUCCGCUUGGAAUUCGUUGAUUUCGGGCUACGGGAAAUAUUACGAGAAAAUGUGGGCCGAAUUUAAUAUACGGCCCACGAACGAGCAUUAUGUGUGCAUGGUGGACAUGUUGGGCCGGGCUGGGAAAUUGGAGGAGGCUUUUGAGUUUGUGAGGAGUUUGGCGGGAAAGAGUGAGGCGGGGGUUUGGGGAGCGCUUCUGAGUGCGUGUGGGUAUUAUGGGGAUAUUGAGAUGGGGAGGAAAGUUGGGGAGGUUUUGUUUAGGUUGGAGCCGGAGAAUGUGAGUUAUUAUGUGGCUUUGUGUAAUAUGUAUGUUGGUGCGGGUAUGUGGGAGGAGGCUGUGAGGUUGAGGGAUGUGAUUCGGGAAAAACGGCUGAGGAAAGAGGCUGGUUAUAGUUCUGUUGAUGUUUUUGGUGUGAGGUGA